UCAAGACUUGAGUGGUGACAAUGAAUCAAUAGAGCCGCAUUUUCUCGAGAGUACAAGAUCAUUCCACUAUCUCCUUUAUAAACCCGUGACAACGGUAUCCGGACUAUGCUAUUCAUUAGAUUUACACCGAACAUCUAUAGCAUUAAGCACUCAGUUAGUUCUCAGUUUACAAAGUUCUUUACUUCUUCAAAAUGUCGUUGAUUCCAAGUUUCUUUGGUGGCCGAAGGAGCAACGUUUUCGAUCCAUUCUCCCUUGACGUUUGGGACCCCUUCAAGGAUUUUCCUUUAACCAAUUCUGCACUUUCUGCUUCUUCAUUCCCUCAGGAGAAUUCUGCUUUUGUGAGCACCAGGAUUGAUUGGAAGGAGACCCCAGAAGCACAUGUGUUCAAGGCUGAUCUUCCUGGACUGAAGAAGGAGGAAGUGAAGGUUGAAAUUGAAGGUGAUAGGGUUCUUCAGAUAAGCGGAGAGAGGAAUGUUGAGAAAGAAGAUAAGAACGAUCAAUGGCAUCGUGUGGAGCGCAGCAGCGGAAAGUUCAUGAGGAGAUUCAGGUUGCCCGAAAAUGCGAAAAUGGAUCAAGUGAAAGCUGCAAUGGAGAAUGGUGUUCUCACUGUUACUGUUCCAAAAGAAGAAGUUAAGAAACCUGAUGUUAAGUCCAUCGAAAUCUCUGGUUGAACACAUAUUCAAGCUCUAUUACUCUGUUUUUAGGUUGAGAAUAUUGUGAAGUGUGUUGUGUGUGCGUUCUGUUUUAUGUAAAAGUAAAUUCUGUGAAUUAUAUUUUGUAAGGAAUAAAUUAUGUAAGAAUGGUUUAAUUAUCUAUUGUCUCA